CCAGUUCAUACAGUUACCUAGGGAAAUCAGAAAACUAUUAGUGAAAAUCUAUUGUGUGUAUCUGUCUGAUUGUAAAUGUGACCCCUGCCUUACCUAAUUGUCUGGAAAUUAAAACAGCUGUGUUUGGGGCUGUUAAAGAUCAUGUACAUAUAUCCGAGCUCGCCCGAAGCAGAGUUAACUUUACAGUCUGAAGAAAGUGCAGCCAUUAAGAUACAAGCUGGUUUUCGGGGCUAUCGUGUACGCAAACAGCUAUACCGGUUGUCCAAAUCUAAUAGUUCUCGUACCAACGGCCACUUGUCUCAGCGCUACGCAAAUCAGCAUUCGAUUGGUGCUAGACGUCAGCAACGUCAACAGCAUCCCCACAUUAACGACUUCAUCAUGGAAGAGAAUCAACCACAGUUGCCUAAAGCUGCUGACGGGCAGCCACAUCCCGUCAUGGCGGAUGUAAGCUCGGUGGAGAACCGUUCUGCAACAAAAAUUCAAGCUGGCUUUCGUGGCUUUCUUGUGCGGAAGAAGCAGAAAAUUGCGACGGAUGCAGCAGUUAAAAUACAGUCGAGCUUUCGUGGAUUCAAGGCACGCAAGGAAGUUGAAAAAUUCAAGCAGCCGUAGUUUUGAAGCGUAAUCUUCGUAACGUGUAUAUUUUAAAUUUAUUUAUAUACAUUCUAGUUCUGUGUGUUCUAGCAUGCAAAUACAUAUUGUACAUAUAUAGAAGUAGAUUAUUGUCAUGAGAAAUAUAAACAUGAAAAUAAAUAUAAACGU